AUGUCAAUACAACAAGUCUUCAUUAUAAGUAGAGCUGGAAGUCUUAUUUAUGACUGGGAGGCCAAAACAGAUGUGGUGGAAGUGGAGCGGAUUUGUGAAUACCCUUUAGACAUUAUUUUGGAAGAAGUAGAUCAAAAAGCGAUGGUGGUCUUCGGAGAGAAAGAUGGUGUUAAACUAAGGUAUUACGUUACUGGAAUCAACGGAUCCAAGGUGUCAGGCACGAGAUUUUUCGUUGAUGAUACAGAGCACAAUAUUCUGAAAUAUUUGGAGGAUGAGUCCAACUUUCCGGUCAGCAUACGGUUCUCUCCUCCAUCGGUUUCCACAAAUGAGAAAAUCAUACUUUCUUCCAUGUUUCAUUCAUUGUUUACGAUUGCUGUGCAAUUAAGCCCAGCUGCUCGGAGCUCCGGAAUCGAGGUGAUGGAAACAACACAAUUUCGGCUGUCUUGCUUGCAAAGCAGAACCGGAGUUAAAUUUGUUGUGGUUACGUCGCCUUCGGCUGCGAUUCCCAUCGAAUCUCUUCUUAACAAGCUUUAUGAACUUUAUGCUGAUUACGCCCUGAAAAAUCCGUUCUACGCAAUUGAUAUGCCAAUCAGAUGUUCAAAAUUUGAAGAAGGUCUGAAGUUACUUUUGGAACGUGUUGAUAAGAAUUCAACUUCCGUCACGAUCUAA